CCUCCCCCUCCUCGAGGCGGCAGAGCCCGUCCGAGAGAGAGAGAGCUCUGCAGCGGCCGGGCCGCGCUCCCGAGGCCGGCCCUUUUGGCACGGCCAGGAGGUGCGGAGUGUGUCCUUCGGGGGGGCGCUUCCAAGCGAGGUUGGUUCGAGCAUGGUCGCUCUCACGCUCCCCCGAACUUGGCAUGCAUCGUCAAUUCGAGAAGCCGAGGGGGCGCGGCGCGGACGCCCAAAACGCGGUGUUCAAAGGAGCGCCGCGCCCCUGCGUGCGGCUGCUUGCGAGGAGAGAGAGGGCCCAGGCGAGCCGGAUAUCCGCGCCGAGGGCCUGGCGCGCCACAGCGCGGAAGAUUGGGAGGGGCAGGUCUGCGCUGGAUCGCACCCGCAUCGCAUCGGAACGCAGGCGGCCCGCAGCGAGGAUGAGCAGGCGAGCGCGCCGGCGGCCUCCCCGAGCUGGCCGCCGCUCAGUCCCAGCCCUCGGGCGCCAUGACGUCCAGGCGGCCGGACGCCGUCUGCACGGCCCGCAGCGGGCGGGCGCCGGUGCUCGCCGAGAGGAGGUCCCCGGAGUCCACCCGCUCCUGAACGUGUUCUUCACGGUCACGCGCCCCUCGCCGAGGCCCGCCCAGCCCGCGGCCCCGCGCGCGGGCGGCCCGC